UUUAGAAAUUCGAUACAUCCGGAUUUUGGCGUAUCUAUGUUCAACAACGAGGGUCUACGUGACCUGACGCAGUUUUGUUCAUUUCGAAAUGCCUUCUCCACCGGACAAAGGUGGUACGGGAGAAAACGAAGUGAGAAGGAGAAAGACGAGAAGCCAGAGUAAAACAGAAACCAAUAAUGGUCAGAGUCAGCUCGAUUCUGAGGAAAGAAAUGGAACUAAUCAGGAAGUAGAUGAUCAAACUACAGAAAGUCCACCAGCUACAUCCGAUCCGACCGAACAACAGACCCAACAGCAACAAUGGCAGCCACAACCAUUUUACCAGGAAGUCCUUGUGGUUCCUCCAAACAGAAUUAUAUUUGCUAUUCCAAAAUGGGUUGUUUACAUAGGAACAGCUAUCAUUGGCAUCAUAUUUGUAGCUCUUGGUGGGUUUGUUGGAGACAAAAUUUACAAAACUUACUUCUUUCCUGGUCAGAUGUUACCGAACAUGACAUUUUCAGCUGUAGGAGAUGAAGGAUGGGAAUUUUUCAAGAAAUAUGACCGUGAUGGGGAUCUCAAAUUGUCCCUUGAUGAAUAUGAAACUCUAUAUCAUACUCUUAUAGCAAGUGGUAUUAAUGUAACAACUGAUCUUCAGUAUAAGGCAGAUUAUACUGUAGGCAAAGAUGAGCAGACCAUAACAAUGCAGGCCUACUUCCAACCUCUACUGCUGGAAACCAUGAACACCAAUCUUAGUGAUCCAUCGGAACAGAUUGAUUCAUUAAAAGGCCUUCAGGAAUGGAAAACCCCAAAUAAGGAGACGACAGACUUUGGAGUGACACAGUUCAAAGGAUUCUUACCGCCAAAUAACUCCUUUAUUGACGAACCAGGAAAAGUUUACCAAAUUUGGAACAUUAAUAGUACCAGCCUUCCAGACAUCCCAAGUCAUAGGUCCAGUAAUAAGUGGCUACCACCUAGAGUCGAGGAUGAAUUAGUUGUGAUACACCAACUUCUGACCAUGUUCCAUCCCCGUCCAUUUCUAAGGUCUAGAUUUCCACCACAAGGGGGCGUGGCAAGUGUCCGGGCAUACAACAAGGAAUAUCUAGAUAUAAGUUUCAGAUUACAUGCUGAGUUCCAAUUAAGUGAACCACCAAACAAUCCCAUGUGGUUUACACCAGCACAGUUUACUGGGAACCUCAUCAUCUCAAGGGAUUACAAGAAAAUCAUAUACUUUCAUAUGUAUGUCCCUACAGAUAAAAAACUGAAUGUGGACAUGGAAUGGAUAAAUGAUGUUCAGACAGCAGCCGCAAUGCAGGUAGACAUUGGAUUCAUGCCACAAAUGGAGAUGAAUAUGGUCAGCAAGUCAAAAGAUUUGGAAAAGACAGUUAAAGGAAUUAAAUGGACCAAAGAAAUUACUGAAUUUGAUGUUAAAAGGAAAAUCGAGAUCAAGAUGUAUCCAUUUAAAGAGGUGCCAUACUUCAAUUUCACUGACUCCUUUGAAAGAGCACAAAAGGAAGAUAAACUAGUGCACUCUAUUUUACUUUGGGGUGCGCUAGAUGAUCAGAGUUGCUGAGGUUCGGGGCGGACACUCAGGGAUACUUCCCUGGAGAGUCCGCCCGUUGUAGCUCUCCUUAAAGAGAGCUAUAUCAGUAACUGGGCACUUGUUGCUGAUUUGCAGGAACUUGAGAAAGAUCCUCAUCAGCCAGUGUACAGUAAAACAGCCAGUCAUUUCUUACAGAAUUAUAAAUUCCCAGUCAUGAUGUAUCUGGCAUUAAAAAAUGGUACCAUCGUACACAGGGUCAAUGCUAAUGAUUUCAUGCACUCACCAGAGGGUGAAUACAGUGUAUCAAUGAUGGACUCUUUUUGGCAGCUAUUGUAUGGAGAUGAAGGGUUGAUACCUACAAGGAAAGUAACAACACAACGUCCAGAACUGUUCCGUGAGAAGAGGUUAGAAAAAAGAGAAGAAAUCCCACCGGAACAUACAAAUGAAGAGAAAUAUUUACAAUUUUUAAAGGAGGGAGUAAGAAGAGCUCAGAAUUAUUUGUAACCAUGACAGGUCUUAGUUAGAGGAAUGCUGUGAUAAUCAUGUGUUAAAAGAAUAAACAUUGCAAUAACCAUACAUUCCAACCUUUCAUUUACAUUCCAUGCAAAUAUGAAGUUUUUAGAUUUUUGAUAUGUUAAAGAAUCAUGAAAUAUAUGCUGUAUAAGAGUUUCAUAUAGCAUCAGAAGAGAUUUAGUUUAAAGGUGUAUGAUGUUAUGACCAAAAAUUUUGAUCUCAAUGAAUUUCAAGAAGUAUAUUUGCUACAAUUCAUGCAUACAUUCACCUUUAUCUAAGUGUAUACUGCAGAUAGCUCCAAUGUUUUCAUAUAUUUAGAAAAUUUUGAUUAAUUGAAGCAGAAUUUAUCAUUACCUGAUUACUGUAAAUAGAAAAUCAUGAAUUUAUUCCUAUUUUCAUGUUGCCAAAUAUCUAAACAAAACUACUAGUUAUUGUCAAGAAUUUGCAGAAAAUGAUUUUUGUUGAACAUUUGACAAACGUGUGAUAAAUGGUUGUGUUUUUAGGAAAUGCUAUCAAAGUAUAAAAUGUGAGUUUUUAUUUUUGCGAAUUGCAACACCUUUUGCAAGCAAUUUUUGCAAAAAUUAAAGCAUCCCAAAAAUUUCAGAAUUUACGGUAUUUGAUUAUUUCUAGAAAAACAGAAGAUCAAUGUAAUUUUAUAUAUAGAUUGUUAAUUUGUUUGUUGUCAUGGCAACUAUAGAUACCUAAAUAAAGGCAGUAUUUAAAUAGCUUAAAUACUUAUUGGUUGAUGAUCAUUUUACAGAAUAUUAGAGUUAACUAAUGUGUGUCAAGGAUGAAUCACUUGCAUAAUAUUCAUUGGUUAAAUUUGUCCGUAGUGUUAAUGACUAAUUUUUAAUUUUUACUUUUUGUGGUCUUAUACCUACUAAAUUUGAAAUUCUUUUAAUUUCUUUGAAAGAAAUUGUACCGAUUGAAAAUCAAUUGAAAAAAACAUUAUAUUUAUCAUUUUUCACAAAAUAAUAUUUUAUAUAAAAAUACCCUCUGUCUUUUUUCAUUUUGAAUGGCAAAAUUUUAAUCAUGUUUAUGAUUAUCAUGUAAAAAUGAAGUAAAUGUAUGCAUACAGGUUUUUGAUCAUGAAAUCCUAUUUGAACCAUUUGUGAUAUCUAAUUGUUAGAGGUGUACAUUUGUUAUCAAAUAUUUAUAAAAUGUUAAUGAUUCUCUUUUUGAGGCAAUUAUUCAAAAUCAUUUAUUUUUUAUACAUUGUAGCAUUGUAUUAUGUCAUUUAUACCUUAUAAUUAAGGUAUAGAAGAAAUUUUCUUGAUGUAUAAUUUUGUUAUGUAAAUGUGUUUGAUGUUUUUGUAAUAGAAAAAAGUGUGUGCAGUUUUAAACCAUUAUUUUUACAUUAGUCUUUUUAGGUGUUUGUAAGUGUGUUGGUUGUUAGUGUGGUUUGUCAAAUAUUAUGGUAAUUACUGCUAGCCUUUUGAUGCAUAAUAUUUUUAUCUUAUCACUACUUAGAUCAGUAAGGAAAUAAUAGUUACUUUGACAACUUCUUGUUUGGGUCAAGUGUCGUAAAACCAAAGGUCAUCAGUAAUGGGCUGAGGGAGGAAAAAGUUUAGAAAGAGAACAUUUUGAGAUUUUUAUAGUUUAUGGUCCAAAUUUUUUAAUUAACAUGUCUCUAUGAAAAUUUCUAUACACAAUACAUUGUUUAAACAGGGCCCCAGAAAGCUUCAUCUGGUUUGUGAUGUCGUGAAAAAGUUGUGAAAUUUCGGAACCUAUCCAGAUCAGAAUAAAUAGAAAUGAUGUGUAUGAAUAUCACUUCAAAUAAUUGUGUGCCUUAAGAAUUAUUAGCAAACUUUCUCUCAUAUCAGUGCAAUGAAAAAUAAUCUAGUAUUUAUUUUAACAAGUCUUUUUUAAAUUUGCUUAUUAAAAAGUAAACUUUGUCUUUUUUGAAAAAAAAAAAAAUCUGAUGAAUUUUGAAUGAACUGGAUUAUAAAUAUCAGUCUAAAACUUGGACUUCGGUUGUGUUUCAAGUAUAUUUCUUCUUUUAAGAGUUGAGACUUGAGCUAAGUGAAAUAAAAGCAAUUAUUCUAUAAAAAAAUACCUUCGUAAUUGCUCAAAAUACCUCACAAUCAUUCAUUGUCAAUCAAAUUUACUUAGUUUUAUACAUAUCAUCAAAUCAAUUUAUAUCUGCUUUGUGUUUUUGUACUAACAUUUUAUUUAUGUUGUUUUAAUUAUUAUUUUCAGUUGAUUCAUCUUCGCAUGUAGUUUUAUGUAUUAAUAUUAUACAUGUAAUGAAGGUCACAUGUCAAAGUAGGUCACUACCAAAUGGGACUUGAUGUAAUGUGUGUAUUUUUACAUUUAAAUAAAUUUGAUGAUGAAUUUUCUGUUAAUGUAAUGUAAUAAACAAUGUGUUUUUAAGAUUCAA